AUGAAUUACAUGGGCUUCGCGUUGAACUUCAGAAUUCUGAACCUCUUUUUCCAGAUUCUUCGCUGCGACUUUCUCGAAGGUUCUCUGCCACUAGAAGCCGCCGAUGCCAUCAUUUUCGAUGUUGGGCUUUUUCACUCAUUGUGGGGCAUCCGCGGUUGUGUUGCGGAAUAUUUGGAUGGCGGAUUUGGAAGAUUGGCUUGGUGUGUGUCGCAUAUCAUAUCUUUAACGGUUUCGCUGCCCUUCGCCUUUGUCUCCAGGCCUCGACCAUAUUUUUUAUGGCCACUUCUUAUACAGUAUUUUCCUCUGCAACUUCGUAUCUUUUUUCACUCCGAAUUCGAACAGCGUAAGAAAUGUUAG